AUGGAAUUUCUAUUGAAAUUCGUUGGAAUUUCAAAAUCUAAAGUCGCUAUCUUUAGUAGUGAAUGGAAAGUAACAUCAGCGUGGACAUUAAAAUUGGGUGAUUGGGUCACAAUAGCAACAACAUUUUAUAGUAGUCGUAGUAGUAGUAGUGAUAAAUUCAAUACAAUCAAUCCAACUCUUCAUUCUUCAUCCAUUUUCAUUUUCAUUAAAUCACCAAAUCGUAGUAUUAAUAAUAAUCAAACCAAAUCAGUUUCAAAUCAAAUCAAAUUUGGCGAGAGAAACAAUAACAACAUCAUCAGAAUAGAACAACAUUAA